AUGGGUCGGCUGCGAUCUCGUAACGGCUGCCUUACGUGCCGAGAACGUCGUGUGAAAUGUGAUGAGACGAGACCUACUUGCGGGGUGUGCCUUAAGAGGAAUCAACAGUGUCGCUGGGACAGUCCAUCCCCUAGGCUCAAGAUAAAGCACUACCGGCCAAAGAAAACGGAACAUCCAGUACAUGCUGAGCAAUCCCUCCAUCCUCCGGAAGGAGAUGUUCCCUUGGCGGAAGGGGACUCGCCACCAGUCGACACUCUACAGCAGCCGGAUUCAAACUGGUACCCCGAGACUCUGACAUCGCCGACUUCAGCGGCUUCAGUCCUCGGCCUCAGUCAGCAUGAAUCUCCAAGCCAGUACAGUGGCGACUUGACUAUGGGAGUACCUAGCAUAACCCCUGCUCCUCCUUCGCCAACACGCCAGGAGGCUUUCUAUCUGCAUCACUUCUCCACGCACGUGGCUCAAUGGCUCGACUGCACGGAUGCAUCACGACAGUUUACGCUCAAUGUGACUGUCCUGGCCAAGAGCUCACCCAUUCUUUUAUAUGCUAUUAUUUCUUAUGCCGCUCGCCAUUUAGGUGACAACAACACAGCUGAUGAAUUCCAAGAAAAGUGCAUUGUCCUUCUCAUUCCCUUGCUCAGUACCGAGACCAUUGCCCACGAUGAGACCAUCCUCUGCGCCAUAGUCAUAUUACGCGUAUGCGAACAAUUGAGUGUGACUGUGACAGGUGGUGAUGAGGAGAGACAUCUUGCUGGGUUGAGUGCUUUGCUCAAGGCAUCCCAAGGACAACAGGUUGAUCCCUCGGCACCUACCCUGUCUCAAGCUGCGUUUUGGGUUUAUGUAAGGCAAUCCUUCUACAAUGCCUGCAUCAAUCAGCAGCCGCCCAAUUUGAAUUUCGACUUAGUGUUGGUGCCAUCGCCAUCCGUCAUCCAUCGGCAAGCUGUAGAUGUCAAGUCAGAGACUGCCUGGGCAAACACCAUGACAUGGAUCUGCGCUACAGUGAUGCAAUUCUGUUUUAGUGGUAGUGUCUUGUACUCAGAGUCAUCUACAAGGAUGCAAAGAUGGUAUGAGUUGUCCGAGGCCGUCGAGAACUGGAACAAGACGAAACCGGGUACGUUUGAUCCGAUAUGGUCUGGAGAACCGGAGCUGGGGGGAGACCCCUUUCCAGAAAUUUGGUUUACGGCAGACUGGCAUGUCAUGGCAUUUGGAUUCUACCAUCUAGCCAGGAUGCUUUUAAAAGUCUACCGCCCAUCGCCACGGUUCGCCAUUCGGAACAUCCGCCGAACCUUGCCGGACUCUGAUGAGUCUGUCAUGGAGCAUGCCCGAGCACUUUGUGGAGCAUGCAAAGAUUCAAAACUGUCUAACCUAUGA